AUGGCUGAAACGAGUGAUAGCAACUUAGAUAAAACAACCGUUGUUCAGCAAGCAAUAGCCUCUUGUUGAGGAGCUAUAAUUACAUAAUUAUUUGUAAGAACAAUUUUAGAAAUAUUAACUAUAUUCUUAUAUACCAUUUUAUUAGGAAAGUGUUUUGUAUACUCCAAUGGCCUUAUAAAUCAUACAUGUGUUUGUGAGAAUGGGGACAGCAAAGCCUGGUGUAAAAAACCUGGACAUUUCAAAGGGUCAUUGGAUGUGUUUGUGAAAAUUAUUCAAAAAGAAGGAAUUAAAUCAUUGUGGAGUGGACUUUCCCCAACACUAACAAUGGCACUUCCUACCACAGCACUCUGUUAUACCUGCUAUGACCAGCUGAGUGCGGCUCUGAAGUCUAGACUGGGAAAGGAUGCUGAACAUAUUCCAAUUCUUGCAAGUUCCUUAAGCAGAUUCGGUUCAGUUACUGUAGUGAGCCCCCUGGAGCUGAUCAGAACUAGAAUGCAGUGUCGCAAGGCGUCCUACAAGCAGCUGUACACCUGGGUCAGCAGCAAAGUGAGUGCAGAGGGAUGGUUUUCCCUGUGGAGGGGCUGGACUUCUACUGUCCUGAGAGAUGUGCCUUUCUCAGCAAGGUACUGGUAUAAUUAUGAACAUUUCGAGAAGAUGAUGUGCAAAGAACUUGGUGCAUGUGAACCAACAUUUUUUAUUGCUUUUACUUCAGGACUAGCAUCUGGCUCUAUUGCAGCUGUCAUAACUCAGCCAUUUAAUCUAGUGAAGACACACAGGCAGACUGCACUUUGGGAGAGUGAGACCUUAAAAAUUCCACAGAAGGCCCGUACAUCAAUGUGGGCAGUUAUGAGGAAAAUCGUCACAAAAAAUGGGAUUACUGGAUUAUUUGCUGGUUCUACUCCAUGGCUGAUUAAAGUUGCUCCUGCUUGUGCCAUAAUGAUCAGCACAUAUGAAUGUGGAAAGUAUUUCUUUGCUUAG